AUGCAGUAUUUAAACCCAAACUUCAUUGUUCAGAUUUUCAUUGUUGCUCUCAAUCUGAGAUAUGUGUUCUCGCAAACGAUAAGUAAUCCUUUGGUGACCAAUGCGACAACUAUAAACGAUCUUCAGUAUGUCCUGGGACCAAAUUAUAGGUUGUUUAUUGCUGCAUAUUGGCUGUAUCUAAGGUCACCGUGUGAUAUACUUGCAUUAAAAAUGGCCGAAGAUGUUAGUUCAAGACGGCUGGAGAAAUACUGUAAAGUCGUAAACAGAUGUCCCCAGCUAUACAGCACACAGUCGUGUCUGGUCCAGAUGUCUGUCUACGCGCUGACACUGGCUUGCUGUUCUGAGACCAGUAUCCCUGACCACUCAAAGACGGUGAACACAACCUUCAGUUUGGUGGAUCAACAAACAUGUAACUAUGGUCGAGUUUUUCCGUCAGGGAAAAUCUUCGGCGGGACAGAAGCAAGGCGCGGAGAGUUUCCUUGGAUUGGCAUGUUGCUCAUAAAUGGGGUGUUUAAGUGUGAAUGUACUGUGUUGGACGCAUACCAUGUGAUGACUGCCGCCCACUGUUUUGAUGGACACAUAGAAUCCAAUCGCUAUGAAAUCAUUGCUGGGAAAUACAUUACGAGUCUGGAGGAACGAGACCCAACAGAGCAAAGAAGAGAUGUCUCAUCUUUCGUCAUUCACGAAGACUACGAUAAAGCUGUGAUGUCCAACGAUAUUGCAAUGCUCAAGUUGGCACAGCCUCUAGAAUUCAAUGAGUCAGUAUUGCCUGCUUGCCUGCCCUCACCAACAGAUACUUUAGAACAGAUAUGCACCGUUGCUGGCUGGGGCAAAACAGAAGACAUCGACCCUCCCAGUGUGUUAAUGAAGGUGGAAUUACAGGUUUACAACAGAACACAGUGUUUCAACGAGUUUCACAUCACAGCUACUGAUCUAGGCAAAUAUUUACACACCGGAAACAUAUGUGCUGCCAACGGAAAGCUAGGGGGCAAAGAUGCCUGUAAGGGCGAUUCAGGCAGCCCUCUGAUGUGUGUUAAAAGAACACCCAACUCGGCAGCUUGGUUUGUAGUCGGCAUUGUCUCCAACGGCAACAACUGCGCUCUACCUGGCGAACCCGGAAUCUACAUCAACACCCAGCAAUAUCUGGCCUGGAUCAACACCACUAUUUACUCAAUGUCUUAA